UUGUUUGCUUGUUCUUGUGUAUAUGUGUAUAGAGCUCACAGUUUCAAGUCGUGUGGGUCCGGUUAUCUCCUCGCUCCACAGCAAACAUGUUUGGUUGUCACAUAAUUUUUGGAAGCCUUUUAGUGGGUUUUCUCUGCCUCUCUCUGGUCUCUACGGAAACUUGUGCUUCUGGAGGAUUGCCUGGUUUUCCAGGUAUCCCUGGAUUUCCUGGACGUGAUGGAAGGGAAGGCAUGAAGGGAGAAAAAGGAGAGCCUGGGAUGCCUCUUACAGCUCAUGAAACCAAGAAAAGGGGGAAAAAAGGAGACCCUGGAAUCAAAGGAAUUCCUGGAAAGAGAGGUCCCCAGGGGGAUUUGGGCGUAGUGGGACCACCCGGCCCUCCAGGAGAGCCAGGGGAACCAGGCAGUUUGGACGCUUCCGGAUCUCUUCUGCAGUCUGCAUUCAGCGUUAUCCGUAAAACAAGAGCCCAUCCCGAGCCAAACUCUCUGAUACGCUUUAGUGAAGUUAUCACCGAUAUCAGUAAAGAUUUCAAUAUUGCAGAGAGCAAAUUUGUAUGUAAAAUUCCUGGCACUUAUUAUUUUGUGUUUCAUGCAUCGUCCAAUGAAAAAAAUCUGUGUGUAAACCUGGUUCAUGAUGAUAAGAAGCUAGCUGUUUUCUGUGAUCAUGUGCAAAGGGGCAACCAGCAGGUGAGCUCUGGUGGGCUAGCAGUUUAUCUGAAAGAAAAUGAGAAAGUCUGGCUGACGACAGGUUUCUACAAUGGUCUGUUUGCAGAAGGGGAGAAAGCAGACAGUGUUUUCUCAGGUUUCCUGAUUCAUGCACACUGAUUGAUUGCUGCACUGUUAAGACCUAUAAAGACAUUCUUGUUAAACAUACUGUAUGCUUUACUCAUGGAAAAUGCACACAAUCAAGUUUUAAAUAAAAUGACAUAAUGCUUCAGUAAA